UAAAGCGUUGUGCUUGCUAGGAGAACGCUCUUCCAACGAAUUACAAUUCCAGCUUUUGCUUUCAAUUUCUCGAAUGAAUUCCAUGGCAUUGAAUCACGGAUCACCCUUCCUCCACCUACCGAUUGCUGGGAUAAAAGGCAUUUGCUGAUACCUGGUUUUUGCAGGGCUGGGGAUACAACCCCGGGUUUUGUGCUUGAUAGACCAGUGCGCUGUUUCCCUAGCUGUCUCCCCAGUGCCCUACUAUGAUUAAAAGCUGGAAGCAGGUUUGACGGUAGAGGCAGGUUGGAGCCAUGGUUCUUUUUGUUGGGAGAUUCAGUACCUUAAGGGUACGGAGCAAAGGACAUUAACUAUCUGGCACCAAUCCUUUAUUGCUGGAAGCUUUAGCAGACGAGGUAGCUAGAGGCAAGAACCUCUACUAAACAUUCACCUUUCCCAAGUGACCCAGAAGUUAUAAAAAUUGCUGCCCCAAGGCCUCGGUGACUGUCGUCCCCACUGCCUCAAUAACCCCAACACCCUUUUCUUGACAUUCAGUUCAAUAAGUUUUCAAUCUUGGCCCUACUGUUUAUUGGCUUGUUUUCUGACCUUGGCCAAGCCGGCUUUGUCUUUCUGUGCCUGUUGGGUCUUUUUUGUGUAAGCUAGGGUUUUUCCUACUUUCUGUAUUUAUAAAGAGUCCAUAAUAACAGCUGACCUGGCUGCAGUUUGUGGCUCAGUGUGAGUCUGGCAGGGCCAGUUCCUGAUCCCCCGGCAGCAUGGCGUCUUGGGCUGAGCCCUCUGAGCCUGCUGCCCUGUUACUUAAUGGGGCCCCACUCCUGGAGGGCUUUGAGGUGCUUGACGGGGUUGAUGAUGCAGAGGAGGAAGAUGACCUAAGCGGGUUGCCACCACUAGAGGACAUGGGACAGCCAGCGGUGGAGGAGGUUGAGCAGCCUGGAGCCUUGGCUCGGGAGUUCCUGGUAGCCACAGAGCCUGAGCCAGCCCCAGCCCCAGCCCCAGAAGAGUGGCUGGACAUUCUGGGGAAUGGAUUGCUCCGGAAGAAGACACUGGUCCCAGGCCCGACAGGCUCUAGCCGCCCGCUCAAGGGCCAGGUAGUGACCAUACACCUGCAGAUGUCCCUGGAGAAUGGCACCCGCGUACAGGAAGAGCCCGAACUGACCUUCACUCUGGGAGACUGCGAUGUUAUCCAGGCCCUGGACCUCAGCGUCCCGCUCAUGGAUGUGGGCGAGACAGCCAUGGUCACUGCUGACUCCAAGUACUGCUACGGUCCCCAGGGCAGCAGGAGCCCAUACAUCCCUCCCCACGCAGCCCUGUGCCUGGAAGUUACCCUGAAGAAUGCAGAGGAUGGACCGGACCUGGAGAUGCUGAGUGGGCAGGAGCGUGUGGCCCUGGCCAACCGCAAACGGGAGUGUGGCAAUGCCCACUACCAGCGUGCUGACUUUGUGCUAGCUGCCAACUCCUAUGACCUGGCCAUCAAAGCCAUCACCUCCAACGCCAAAGUGGACAUGACGUGUGAGGAGGAGGAGGAGCUGCUACAGCUGAAGGUCAAGUGUCUGAACAACCUUGCGGCGUCGCAGCUGAAGCUGGACCAUUACCGAGCAGCGCUGCGCUCCUGUAGCCAGGUGCUGGAGCACCAGCCGGACAACAUCAAGGCGCUGUUCCGCAAGGGCAAGGUGCUGGCCCAGCAAGGUGAAUACAGUGAGGCCAUCCCCAUCCUGAGGGCUGCCCUGAAGCUGGAACCUUCCAACAAGACGAUCCACGCGGAGCUCUCUAAGCUGGUAAAGAAGCGUGCUGCACAGCGGAGCACAGAGACCGCCCUGUACCGAAAGAUGCUAGGCAACCCCAGCCGGCUGCCUGCCAAGUGUCCGGCCAAGGGGGCCUGGUCCAUCCCGUGGAAAUGGCUGUUUGGGGCGACUGCCGUGGCCCUGGGGGGCGUGGCUCUCUCUGUGGUCAUUGCUGCCAGGAACUGACUGUCCCCCUGCGCACCUGGACCCCAACCUGUGCUCCCCAACUCCCCCAGGUUCCCUGUCCAUUGCCCUCCCUGGCUGAGGCGCCUCCUAUGGGUUGGGAGAGCAAGGAUUGAGGGCCAUGUGCCCCAAGAAGCAGAGAGGACUGAGACCCUGAAGGGGGUGUGGGGUGCAGCCCAGAGGGAGGGGCCUGUUCUAGACCCAGUUGUCCCUCCCUACAACCCUGUCCUCUGGGUCAGGCCUCAGCUGGGGCAGCCUCAGUUUUCCCUCUCAGUAGGCCUGGGGGCAGCACUACCAUUCCUUCCUGCCCGCCUGCACCCUCUGUCCAGGCUCUCCCACAGUGAAUUAAAUAAAGCCUCACCCACACUC